UGUUGAAUAUCACUGAAAGCGUUCGGAAACAAAAUAUUAAAUGUUUAGCUACCCACCAAUUUAAACCUAAACUAAAGCACUUAGCACAUUUUUAAUACUAUACCUCUGAUGGUAUCAAUGAAUCCUGAUAUUUUAUAUAUUUUAUCACUGCUAUGCCUAUUGUUUCGAGUCACAUUACUCAGUUAUUCAGAAAUAAUGGAAAUUUGUAAUCGAAAGGAACAUUGAAGUCCAUCAAAAUAUUGAAUCAGUCUCAUGAUAAAACAAGGAUCAAUAAUUCCCCAAAAUUUUGUCCUUUUCAUAACCAUUAUCUCCGGUGUAGCUCAAGUCUGGUGUAUAGUAGUCAGUUCUUUCGUGUGGGAUGAUGACCACUGGUAACACCAGAAAUGAAGCAGACCCCACUCACUCUCGCACUUAGGCAUGUAUGAUUCAUGUUUUGUUGCGUAUGAUAUGUCUCUCAUCGGAAGUUAAUAGCUUUAUGACAUCAGCGCCUCCUCUCCGUGCCUUUGUUUGGCGUCUCUAUUGACCACGCCCCCACGCUUCCGCCAUCAUAAAAACUUGAGCGAGCGCGCUGACAGCGGAAUUCCACGCUCGCUUGUGUGGACAACAGGUGCACUCGCUCUGUCUGAAUGAUGCUCUUAGAGUGCCGGCCGUCGCUUUGCACUUUGAAGUACUUUUUGCACAUUUUUGUAACGCAUUUUACGUCCUGAAAAUGCCUUUCCCGCCUAUUAAUCUCCAGCAGAAGAUCCCCUCUCCCGCUAGGGACCUAUUCGGCAAGAAGAAAGCCAAUGUUGAGAAGAGAGACUCUGGGAAGGAGAAGCAGACCUCGUCGUGGUCAACAGCUAAUUUAAGAAAUUUGGGGCGCAAGACGCAACAGGAGAAGAGUCAAAACCCGUCGCAGAAGGAGGUGCAGGGAAAAUACUCGUGGCUGACGUCGACCAAACCUCAGGACUCAACUGCAGGAGUGACGCGCUCCACCUCCGCGGACUCCGGCAGACCGCUCGCAAGCAAAGAGGACGCAUCCAAGAAGGAGAUCCAGUUCACGCUGAGCCUCACGCCAGAAGCCAUCCUUGUCAUUCAGAAACGAAAUUUGGAAAAACAGAUGCUGGCGAAGCAGCAGAAAUGCUGCGCGUCGGCGGAUUUUCGGCACAGGCGCGUCUUCCCUUCCAAAAAAACGUCGCACGGGAGCUCCAAGGGCGCGCAGGAGACCAGAGUGGAGGAUGCGGAGCAGGACAUUACGGCCAUUGUUAAAAUAUCGCUCUUGAACGACCAGCACAAGUAUGACGAUGUGGAGUAUGAGGAGGAGGACGGUGACGUGGACGAGACGGUGAUGAGGAAGUGCAAAGAGUGGCUCAAGGGGGUCGAAAGUGCCGCAGCCUUGGGAAAAGUUGACAAACUUACUGCACUACCCCACCUUAAAGGAUGCUGAGAGCUGGACUCAAGCCAUGAAGUGACUCUUCUUAAUUAAUGUUAUAUGAUGCAAUGAAAACUAAAGUCUUCAGGUUGUUUUUUAAUGUCCACGUGGAAUGAAAUGUUACCCGAUGAACGUAUACUAGCUAUGGAACACUUCCCAGAAUAACUUGAAAGAGCUGCAUUCCAAGCUUAUUAUGCCUUUUGAAUAGUUUCAAUUAUGAAUUCAGUGACUUUUGCACAUGCGGUUUAUGUUUCCAGUGAAGCGCCUCCUGUGGUUUAAAGCGGGUAUUUUCGCUAAAGAAACCUUUUGUGUGAGAGCGCAAAUCGCUGUCCACAAUUAGGUUUUAUGCCCUGCUGCUAAAACCAAACUGUCUUUUAUCUCCCAUCAAAAAGAGGCUUCUAUAUUCUGAUGUACAGUAUUAUUUCUACCUGGAAGUUGAUAGUUGGUGCCAUUUUAAAAGUUAAGGGUUUUGUACGAUCCACACAGCUUCUUAAAAUAUGAACUUGUGCCUCUUUUUUCAUGAUUUAUAAUCACUGACUUUUGCUGGAUAUCAGAGAGGCUCUUUGUUGCCAUUGUAGCAACCUGCGGCCAUUUGGGCAUUAGUGUACUAAGCCUCUUAGAUUUCCUGCUAAGCAGGGUUGACCAGUGUAUUACUGUAGGGGCCACGUACAGGAGCGCCAUCAGGAAGUGGCCUCUAAUUUUUGUAUUACUCAAGUAAACAAUACACCUCAUCACGAGACAGUGUCUUGAGACUUUGGUUUUCCUACACUGAAGUGUGUGUGUACAAUUCUCAGCAAGUAAUGCAAAUAAAUGGAUGUCUUGUUCAAUUAA